AUGGAUCCUAACAUACCUCAUCUUCAUUGUGGCAGGAAGAUGACGAAUUUGGCAAAAUUGGAUUUUGUCGCCCUUGACAUCUCUGGCAAGAACUACCUGUCUUGGGCUCUUGAUGCAGAGAUUCAUCUCGAAGCCCAAAACCUUGGGCCUACAAUCAAGGAAGGAAACUCAGCGUCCCCGCAGAAUAAAGCUAAGGCUAUGAUUUUUCUGCGCCACCAUCUCCAUCAGGGAUUGAAGGACGAGUACUUAACUGUCAAAGACCCACUUGAGCUAUGGACAGGUUUGGCAGAUAGGUUCGCUCACCAAAAGACUGUUGUGCUCCCUAGAGCACGUUAUGAAUGGACGCAUCUGCGCCUUCAAGAUUACAGUUCUGUGAUAGAUUAUAAUUCUGCCAUGUUCAGGAUCACCUCCCAAAUGAAUCUUUGUGGAGAAACUGUAACUCAGGCAAAAGUGACAAGAUCACAUAUCCCAGCAAUAAAUGCACCGGCAAGAAUUAAUGUCCAAAUUGGACAAAAUAAUGUGGUGGCCAAUGAGCCAUCUGAUGCACGCCUGAAGCGUGGCAGACCUGUAGGUUCAAAAGAUUCGGUUCCUAGAAAGAGGAAAACAAAGGCACAUCUGAAUCCUAAUGAAAUCGCCCCUGAAGAGAAUAUUGGGCAAGACAUUAAUGUCUGA